CGCUCGGUUCGGACACGCUCGGCCCGGACACGCUCGGCCCGGACACGCUCGGCCCGGACACGCUCGGUUCGGACACGCUCGGCUCACCGCACCAUGGUGCAGCUCGGGGGCGGCCGCCGAGCCCCUCCGGGCCCGGCCGCGCCGCCAGCUUUCAGCAUCGCCAGCAUCCUGCAGCCCGGGCCCCGCCGCCCGGCCAGGGAGCAGGGCAGAGCCCGCUGCGCGCUGCCGGAGGAAGAGGAAGAGGAGGAAGGGGAAGGAGAGGGGCCUGAGAAGCGAGACCCCAGUAAAGGCUCCAGCGACUCGGGCAGCGAGUCCCGCCGGCUCCGGACAGAAGGGACGAGCCGCGGCCUCCUCCCCGAGGGGGGCGAUGCGGGGUCCCCGCUCCCCACGGAGGGGCUGCACGGUCCCCCGCAGCCGCCGCCGCGAGAGGCCGGGGGCUCUGGCGCCGAGAACGGCAGAUCAUCGGCGGCGGGCGGCAGGAAGAAGACGCGGACCAUCUUCUCCAAGAGCCAGGUGUUCCAGCUGGAGUCCACCUUCGAUGUGAAGCGCUACCUGAGCAGCUCCGAGCGGGCCGGGCUGGCCGCCGCGCUGCACCUCACCGAGACCCAGGUGAAGAUCUGGUUCCAGAACCGCCGCAACAAGCUCAAGAGACAAAUGUCAUCCGAGCCGGAGGGCCAGGGGCCCGGGCCGGCCGAGCCACCCGGGGAGCCUCAGCCCCCCACUGCCGCCUCGGCUCUCUCCUUCCCGUCCCUCUACAAGGACAGCCCUCUGCUCAGUCGCUGUUUGCUGCCGCUGCCUUUUCCCCUGCUCUGCCCGGGCAGCGCCAUCCCCUACCUCUGCCUCCCCGGGCCGGGCAAACACUUCAGCCUGGUGGACGGGGACGUAUAGCCUCUCCCCUGGCCCCCGACCUUCCCUUGCCGGGGGCCGCCCCGAGUUUAUUUAUGACUCCGCUGUGCCAGUGGAGUGUCUGUCUUGGCCAGAGCCGCCACCCGGCCCACGGAGGGGCAGCCCGGGCUCCCACCACGCGUGUCCUUGGGCUGCCGACACGUUGCUUAAUCUCGGAAAGGUGCUGCCAACCCGCUCUCCCUCUUGCAGCGCUUUUUCUCUGGUCGGGACGGAGGAGAUAACACGGAGCCACCUAAGAAACCGGGAUGAGCUCUGCCUGCCUCCUUUCCAAAUUGUCCCGUUCCGGUGUUACAGGAGGGCCGAUGUUGUGCCUCAGUCCGUGGGGACCGUGUCCCCGCUUCUGUCCCAAGCGCCGGGGCGGUCGCUUUGCUGUGAAGCGAGUCACGUUUCAUUCAGAUUGGUAAUGGUGAAGGCCGCUCUGUGCUUCUCUAUCUCAAGCUCUCCACCUCUAAUGUCCCUCAGAGUAGCUUCUCCCCAUCUUUUACAUUAUCAAAAUGUAGACGCCUUUCCUCAGAUCUGGUUCCUAAACUGUGACUUUCCUGCUUUUUCCCCCUUCGGAAGAAACACCCCAAGAUCUCUCUUACACGUUUUGUGCUAACUGGUUCUCAGACAGGGCCUCAUGUGAUGUUUUUACAGAACAAGAGAAGCUGUCUCUUGUGCUAAUCCCGCCCCCCGAAAUCUCGUGGGAUGGUUUUACCUGCUGUCCUAGGGUAAAGAAGUGGGGUUUUAAAUUUUUUUAUAUCUAUCUACACAUAAAUUUGCAAACGCUUUGAUCAUCCUUUGGUUUCUAAGUUCACACGCUUUAUAUCCCAAAGCUGGAAACAAACCUUUUCAGAAAGUUGGAACUCCCUCCUUUUCAAUAGUCACUGCUAGGUAGAUAGUAAAGGAAAGAUAUUUCCUGGAGUGCAUCGAUGGUUUUUAUUUUACAA